AUGGAGCGAAAGGCGAUGCCACUGUUUCCAGAACUACGCUUGCCUCCGGUGAGGGAGAGUGGAUGGGACGACCGCUGGCGAGGGAGCGGCGCUGCUGGGUUUAUGGCCGGCCACGGUGGUGAUCCACCGGAAGAUUCGGACACGCAACUAGGGCGAGGUCCUAGAGGAAUUGGGAAAUUUGCACUACCCAACACAGUGCCACAAAUACAAGAGGUUACAAAUGGUACACGUAAAAACCAAGGUCAACAAAAUUGGUGUGUGAGUGAAGUGAGGUGA